ACCUCGUCCUAUACUUUGCUCGCCCUGUUCCGUCUGCCUGGAAGUCUCCAAAACUCGUUGCCCCGCCCCGUGCCUCAAGAUCCACCAUCGUGGAACUCUUCUGGACGCGAGUCCUCGGAUACGACACCUUUCGGAGCGACACCGGCCUACGGAGUACUCCAAGGUCUUGGAGAGUGGUGCCUUUAUACCACCAGACCCUUAGUCCCACGACCCUACGGAGCCGCCCAAAGUCCGUCCCCAUCUAGUCGCAGACGCUUGAGCACACCGCUGGAUAUUACCACACACAUACGGACAAAUUCUCUGAAAAGCGAACAUCUCUGAGAUCCCGCGUGGCAUUACUGACGAGAGUCAGAUCUGUCCCUGUCAGAUUUUUCCGCAUCCCGUCCAGUCAAAGUCCCUCCAGAGUCGUAUCGGUUCCUCCUCAAGGUUUCUUGGUCCCGCCCCCCACAUCACUCGCGGCACUCGCCAACAUUCUGCGGGAGUAGACGUUGCACAAGUCUGCCACCGCCCUCCGUUGUACGGUGGUUGACACAGCAUCGGCUGUGGACCGGACUACUUGCCCUCGGCCCAAGUCGGCUUGCUCUGUAAUCCCCCCUCCUCAUUCGUCCACCCCUCCUAAGCCGCUCGCCGCAGCCGAACGCAUCUGAGCGCAGAACCCCCAAAGAACCACCGACCUGCCAGGAACCUGUUCAUCUUACGCCAUGGCUUGAUACCCGCCCCUUCAACAGUUCCCUCGGAUCUUGUCCUGAACCCGUCCUCUUGUCUGAGGUCUGUCCGAACUGUCCACCUGCGUCCAAUCCCGCGACACUGAUUAUCGUGCGUCCCUCAAUUCCGCCAUCCUAAUCUCCCUCCAUGAACCCCAUCAGAUUUGCCCUAGUGGGCUCUUGUAGAAAAUCUCUCAUCUCUCCCACUUUCUCAUCCAGAAUGGCCACCACAAGACUACAAGCUGAAGCCAGAAGGAUGGGGUCAAUCAGUCAGACACGCGCCGCUUCUGGCGCCGCAAAGAUCAAGGUCAAGAACCCUGUUGUCGAGCUCGAUGGCGAUGAGAUGACCCGUAUCAUCUGGCAAGACAUCAAGGACAAGUUCAUCUACCCAUACCUCGACAUUGACCUCAAGUACUACGAUCUAGGCCUUCCCUAUCGUGAUGAGACUGACGACAAGGUCACCAUCGAAGCUGCAGAGGCUAUCAAGAAAUACUCGGUCGGCGUCAAGUGUGCCACCAUUACUCCAGAUGAAGAGCGAGUCAAGGAGUUCAACCUCAAGAAGAUGUGGCUUUCGCCCAAUGGUACCAUCCGAAAUAUCCUAGGAGGCACAGUCUUCCGCGAGCCUAUUGUCAUUCCCCGCAUCCCCCGCCUGGUACCUGGCUGGGAGAAGUCUAUCAUCAUCGGCCGUCACGCCUUUGGAGAUCAAUACCGUGCAAAGGAUGAAGUGAUCCGCGAGGCUGGUACUCUCGAGAUGGUCUUCAAGCCCGCCAAUGGCGGAGAGCCAAAGACCGUCAAGGUUUUCGAUUUUCCCGAGUCUGGUGGCGUUGCCCAAACACAAUACAACACCACCGAGUCCAUUGAAGGCUUCGCCCAUGCCUCGUUCAAGUUUGCGCUCGAAAAGGGCUGGCCCUUGUACAUGAGCACCAAGAACACCAUUCUCAAGGCUUACGAUGGCAAGUUCAAGGACACUUUCCAGGCCAUCUACGAGAGUGACUACAAGAAGGACUUUGAGGCCAAGAAGAUCUGGUAUGAGCAUCGUCUCAUCGACGACAUGGUCGCACAGAUGAUCAAGAGCGAGGGUGGCUUCGUCAUUGCCAUGAAGAACUACGAUGGUGACGUCCAGUCCGAUAUCGUCGCCCAGGGCUUCGGCUCUCUUGGUCUCAUGACCUCCCAACUCAUUACUCCCGAUGGAUUGACAUACGAAAGUGAGGCCGCUCACGGCACCGUCACCCGCCACUACCGUGAACACCAAAAGGGCCGAGAGACCUCCACCAACCCCAUUGCCAGUAUCUUCGCAUGGACCCGAGGCUUAGUCAAGCGUGGACAUCUCGACGAGACCCCUGAGCUCGUCACAUGGGCUGAAAGCCUGGAGAAGGCCGUCAUUGACACAGUCAACGACGAUGGCAUCAUGACCAAGGAUUUGGCUCUUGCCACCGGUCGUAAAGACCGUGAGGCCUGGGUCACCACCGGCCAAUUCAUGGAGGCAAUCGAGAAGAGAUUCCAGAAGAACCUCGCGGCUGAGGGAUUGGCCAAGAAAUAGAUGUGACCUCAACUCACCGGCAUUUUGAUUAUUGUUUUUGGGAACAAGACGGUGUCAAGCCAGCCAAGAACGUUUAGAAGGAAACAUCUGGUCAGCAGCAACAGCGAAAGCACUGGCGGCGACAGGAGCAGCAGAAGCAGAAGAAGCAUUGCAUCUCGGCCGUGAAACUAGGCCGUUCUCCUUUUCAUAUCCAUUGUGAGCGUGGUUGAAGCAACAGCAUGGCGUCAGCUUUCCAUACAGAAGGACGAAAGUCUGGAUAGAGGGUGAGCAGUGCCAGAGCAUUGGACUUACACCGCCCGGCGUCUCUACACUUCCAACAAUUACCUAGAAAGCGAGAGCGAGAGCGAAGAUGGGAGGGGAAAAAGUGGUGUCGACGAGCGCUUAUGGACUGGCGUUUUGCGCAUCAUGGAAACUUGAUGUCCGUCGCGUCACGUCACCGGGAGAAGGACCGCCGGCUAGCAUUGCAUCGCUUGCAAUUUUCAUCUUGAUUGCAUAGUAGUGCCAUGGGAUCGGUCGGUCGGUCGGUCGGUCGGUCGCCACCGCAAUCAUUUGCUCCCUGUCUUUUUUUGCAUUCUGCAUGUUAGAAAAGUCGAAAUAUAAACAAACCAAUUGAUCAAAUUACCGCAACAAAA